AUGCUGUCAGGUGUGCGGCUGUGUGUCCGCCGCUCGGUCCGUGGCAUGAGUUGGUCACCGCGUCAGAUCAACCGAUGGCCGCGCGACCAGUCUUCCGAGCCUCCCACUGACACUCCUCGCGUCCUCAUCACAGGUGGCCUGGGACAGCUCGGAGUUGGAUUGGCUCAAAUGCUGAGGCAGCAGUAUGGAAAAGAAAACGUCAUCCUGUCGGAUAUUAGAAGGCCUCCUAAUGAGGUUUACAACAUGGGUCCGUUUGUGUACGCUGAUGUGCUGGAUUAUAAAAACCUGAGGGAGCUAGUUGUGAAUAACCGAAUCACCUGGCUGGUCCAUUAUAGUGCUUUACUUAGUGCUGUAGGGGAGGCCAAUGUGGCGCUCGCUCGCACCAUCAAUAUUACAGGUCUUCAUAAUGUGUUAGAUCUGGCCCUUGAGAACUGCUUGCGACUGUUUGUGCCCAGUACAAUUGGAGCAUUUGGCCCUUCGUCACCCCGCAAUCCAGCCCCUGAUCUAUGUAUCCAGAGGCCUCGGACCAUUUAUGGAGUUUCCAAAGUCCAUGCUGAGCUGAUGGGGGAAUAUCUCCACCAUAAAUACGGUCUGGAUUUCCGAUGCUUGCGAUACCCCGGGGUCGUAUCUGCUAACACCAACCCAGGGGGAGGCACUACUGAUUAUGCUGUCCAGAUCUUUCAUGAUGCCCUCAGCACAGGCCGGCAUGAAUGUUACUUACGCUCCAACACUCGGCUUCCCAUGAUGCACAUCUCUGAUUGCCACAGGGCUACUGUAGAGUUCAUGCAGGCCCCUGAGAGCCGGCUAUCCCUUCGUACUUACAACAUCGCAGCCGUGAGUUUCACACCUGAGGAAGUGGCGGAAGAAAUCCGCAAGCACCUGCCCCAUCUGAAGGUCACGUACAAUCCUGAUAUCAUCCGACAGACUAUCGCGGACAGCUGGCCAGAGCGAUUUGAUGACUCUAAUGCACGUCAGGAUUGGGGCUGGAAGCCUGUUUAUGGACUGGCAGAGAUGGUCACAGACAUGUUAGCCUCCAUCCAUAAAAAGAGAAGCAAUGCAGGACUACCUGUCAGCUAGCAGGUUGUCUCAGAGACACAGUUCAUCGGCAUUUGGGACCCUUUUCAAACAUUCAGUGAAAUAGGGAGCUAAGUUUCCUCAGGCCAGGGGCCUCAUUUAUAAAGCGUGCAAGCAUGCAAAGGUUGUGAUCUAUAAAAAAAAUGAACUUAGUGGGAGAAUGGGCUUGCAUUGCAGGAUUCGAGGAUGAUUCAUGUACGCACACUUACAGGUGAUCUGUGAUUUAUAAAGGGGACAUUGCUUUGUUUUAUAAGUCUUAAUAUUUUUGCUGCAUGCCAUUUUUGGCUUUUGUGCAUAUGUAGACUUUUAGUAAGGAUCCUACGCACAGUUUUAUAAAUGAGGCCCCUGGUCCCUUCCUAAGAUCUCUUUAAUAGUUUAAAGUCCUCAUUUAACAAAAGAGUGAAAACUCUUACAAAUGUACAAAACAAAACACUGUCAGAUUCUCAUAAAGCUCAGGGGUCUCUCUUUCUUUCUCAACUAUUUUUAUACAGUUGUACAUAAAAACAGCAAUAAAAUAAUUAUUUCAGUUUAAACAUUAUAC